UGUGCACAUGUAUAGUACAUGCAUGGGAUCAAAGCUACCUAUAUAAACUCCCAGGCUCUGUGUGGGUUCAAACACAUUUCAAAGCUUCGGUAUCCCAACAAGUUUCAUUCUCCUUCCUGACUUUCCGAGUCAGGUAACAAUUAAGUUAUGGUUCUCCUGGGAUCCAGGAGACAAAUGGGAAAGCUUCACUAUCCCAAGAACUGGCCCUGCACAGCGAUGCUCUCUCUGCUCUUUAUCCCAAGUAUCUCCGAAGCGGUACGUGUGACUCAACCAGCAGUGGUCCUGGCCAACAGCAGAGGGAUUGCCAGCUUUGUGUGUAAAUAUGAGUUGACAGAAAAAACCAAAGAGAUCCGAGUGGGACUUCUUCGACAGAUGGACAACCAGAUGGUUGAAGUCUGUGCCUCAACAUAUCUGGUACAGAAUCAACCAGUGUUCAUGGAUGACAUGCUUGAGUGCACAGGAAAUGCCAGCGGGAAUAAAUUGAUGCUCACUCUCACAGGACUGAAGGCCUCAGACAGUGGACUGUACAUCUGCAAAGUGGAGCUCAUGUAUCCUCCCCCCUACUACAUGGGUUUGGGCAAUGGAACACAGAUAUAUGUCAUUGAUCCUGAACCUUGCCCAGACUUUGAAGUCAUGCUCUGGAUCCUGGCAAUAGUGAGCUCUGCGUUAUUUUUUUACAGCUUCCUCAUCACAGCUGUUUCCUUGAAUAAAAUGCUAAAGAAAAGGAGUCUUCUCACUACAGGAGUCUAUGUGAAAAUGCCCCCAACAGAACCGGAACAUGAGAAGCAAUUUCAGCCCUACUUUAUUCCCAUCAACUGAGAAGAUGGAGUGGUGCAUAGAGAGAUGGUUUUCCAAUUGCAAGUGACACUGAGAUCUUCACUUUCAUUGUAACCUGCUUUAAAAACUUUUUUUGAAGGAGGGAGGGUAGAGGGUAGACUUGAAUGUGGGAGGAUGAAAAAAACAAACAAACCUCUAAUUAAAAUAUGGUUGAGUAUAGAGCCCUAGCUAUGUAUUUGGAGAGUUAAAACUCAAAGAGCAGGAUGUAUCAGGGAAAAUAAUGUUUCUGAUAUUUCGAGGAAAUAUGAACAAAAAGGAUCCAUCCAGGAGCAAAACAUGAAUAUCUUAUGAUAUAGAAUGGUGGACCUAGGUUUGGGCAAUGAAUUAAGGAGGGAGGUAGAGGACUCCUGUUCAAUCUUGUGUUUUAAAUGAGCUAAGCAUGUCUGAACAAAAUUAUCUUUUCAAGUUUAAUAAUUAUGUUAUUGUUUUUUCUCUUUACAAAUGUUUUGUUACAUGAUUUUUUAAAAAUGGAAUGAAGUGGCUCUGUUUAAGCAAGUGAUUCCUCAGUUGUUUAGUUGUAUUGUACCAAUAUGUAUCCUUUAUAAAGUCUGAUAGCAUUAUGUGCCAGGCGAGGCAAGGGCUAGAGUAUCUGCUGAUCAGUUACAUUCAAACACUAUGUGACAGUGUCUUGCCUCCCACUAACUAAUUGGGAAGGCUGGUGGACCCUGGCUCAGGACACUAAUGAGCCAGGAGGGAAUGGAGGUAAUGACCUCCUUUAGUUCCAAUUAACUCUGAAUCCAAAUGAAACAGUAGUAGCUCUCUGGAUUCCAACAGAAAGGUAAAGUUCCAUUGGCAUGAUAGGACCCAGGGCAUUGAAUAUUGGAUCCUGGCAUUUUAUCUGGCUUCCCACUUAAGUGAAAGCUUAUGGUAGCUGAGCAAAUCCUGACUCAUCAUAGUACAAGGAAAAGGAUCGUUCUGGAAGUCCUUUCAGGCCCAUUUUCAGGGUGUCCCCAACCCUGAGGGACAGAUGGUUAAUGUCCACUUAGCAACAAGGCAGGAGGUAGUUGGUGUCUGGGAAGGGCACAUAAUGUUUUUGAAAGUGAACACUGUUUGGGUGUUUUUAAACUCACUAUUUUCCAUGAAAAUGUAAACAAUAUGUAUAGUAUUUUAAU